CAAUCUCCUAUAUAAAUCAAUUGAAUAUUUCAAUUUUUAGAAAAGUGAAAGUUAAAUGAUUAGUUUAUAAAAAAAUAUUAUUUUAAAAUUCCAAUAUAUUUUUGAAGUGAUAAACAAUAAAAGUAUUUUAAUUGAAAAAAUCAAAGUUAAAAGUAAUAAAAAAAAUUCCACCAGUUUUAUCAAAAAUUAUAAAUAUAUAUAUAGAUAUAGUGCAAGUAUAGUAUAGAUAUUUUAUUAUUGAGGGUUACCUUAAAUGAAAGUUUUGACAAUAAAUAUGUCAAAAUUAUUGUUACCUCUACUAUUAAUCAGCAUUUGUUGUGUAAUAACUUAUGGCGCACCCGCCAACUCAACUAAGUCCCAGUGCUCGACGGGCAACGAUGCCGAUAAAUGUAUGAUGCAUUUGUUGCUUAUUGGAGAUCCUAAAUACAAAUUUCCCGAAAAUAUGGUUACAAUGAAUACACAUUGCAGACAAAUAAAAAAUUAUGAAAACUGUAUUAAAGAUUAUUCAAAAAAGUGUUUGCAAUCGUUUCCCCGCCAAGUGACUGGUGUUCUCGCUUAUGGUGUAGCCAAAACAAAUAAAGGCUAUUGUACUAACAAAAAGCGUAAAGAUUCAUUUAUAGAAAUAGGAAAAUGUGCUAAUAAUAUAAAGCACCUUGGUGAUGCUUGUAUGAAAACGUACAUUGAUGAUUUACAGGGCAUUGAAAAUUUUAAAGAUGCUAAACUUAAACUUCCUAUAGCUUGUUGUAACUUUUAUAAAAUGAAACAAUGCAUUUUGAUAAGUGUUGAGAAAAAUGGUAAACCAGUUUGCAGUGAUAGUAACUAUCAAGAAAUUGAACGCAUAAUAGAUGGCUAUAGUUAUGAUGUUUUGCAAUUGAUUUGUGGAGAAUAUACAGAAGAUUCCGACAAAUGUCAGUCAUUACUACCAAAGACCCCCAAAAAGCGGUCGUCACAAAAGUCUACCCGUUCUCUGUUACCGCCAUUUAUUAAUAUAUUGAGUACGUCUACUGUCGAAAACAUUUAAAUGAUUAAACUUAUAAUUAAUUUUGUAUUUUCUUUGUCAAACUAUUGUAUCAAUACAUUAUGUAAAGUAUUAUUUAAAUCUUAACAUAAAAUUAUUUUAACAUUUUUAUAUUACAUUAGACUUUAUAUUAUUUCUGAGUAAUAUUUUUUUAUUUAAA